AUGGAGGGAACCAUCGUGCUCUACACAUGGAUGGUCAGGGGCCACCUCCACCCCAUGACGCAGCUCGCCCACCGCCUCGCCGGGCUCAGCGUCGCCGUCACCGUCGCCGUCGCUGACGUCCCGUCCACACUCGACUCCCCUGACACCAUCGCUCGUCUCGCCGCCUCCUACCCUUCCGUCUCCUUCCACCUUCUCCCGGCGCCGGCGGGAGCGACCCGUUCAGCCGACCCCGACGCCGACCCUUUCAUCGCCCUCAUCGCCGACCUCCGCGCCACCAACCCCGCCCUGCUCACCUUCCUCAGGUCCAUCGCGUCCGUUACGGCUCUCGUGGCCGACUUCUUCUGCCCGUACGGGUUCGACGCCGCCGCGGAGCUCGGCGUCCCGGCCUACCUCUUCUGUGCCUCCGGCGCGUCGGUCCUCGCGGCCUGCCUGCACAUCCCCACGAUGAUGCGCUCCGCCUCUGCCUCCUUCGGGGACAUGGGGCACGACUUGCUGCACUUGCCCGGAGUUCACCCGAUCCCGGCGUCCCACUUGCCAGAAGCGCUCCUCGAUCCCAACGGCAGCCAGUACGAGGCGUUUCUCUGCCUCCUUGAGCAGCUGCCGAGAGCCAAUGGCUUCCUGUCGAACACCUUCGAGUGGCUGGAGCCCCGCGCCGUGAAGGCGAUCAGGGACGGCACUGCCUGUGGCUGUGUCCGCCCCGGCGUGCCAGCACCGGCAUUGUUCUGCGUCGGUCCGUUGGUAGGCGAGGAGAGGGGACGCGACGCGGAGAAGCAUGAGUGCCUGAGGUGGCUAGACAGCCAGCCUGCGCGGAGCGUGGUGUUCCUGUGCUUCGGGAGCGCGAGCUCGGUGCCGGCAGAGCAGCUUCAACAGAUCGCCGUGGGACUGGAGAAUAGCGGGCACUCGUUUCUCUGGGCCGUGCGCGCGCCCGUCGCGCCGGACGCCGACUGCACGAAGCGGUUCGAGGGGCGUGGCGAGGCGGAGGCGCUGCUGCCGGACGGGUUCUUGGACAGGACGAGGGAGCGCGGCAUGGUGGUCUCAUCCUGGGCGCCGCAGGUGGAGGUGCUCCGGCACCCGGCGACCGGCGCGUUCGUGACGCACUGCGGCUGGAACUCGGCGCUGGAGGCCGUCGCGGCCGGCGUGCCGAUGGUCUGCUGGCCGAUGUACGCGGAGCAGAGGAUGAACAAGGUGUUCAUCGUGGAGGAGAUGAGGCUUGGGGUGGCCAUGGACGGCUACGACGAGGGGACGGUGACUGCCGACGAGGUGGAGGCGAAGGUGAGGCUGGUCAUGGAGUCGGAGCAAGGGAAGGAGAUCAGGGAGAGGGUGGCGACGUCGCAAGAGAUGGCAGAACAUGCGCUGGAGAUCGGUGGAACGUCGACGGCAGUACUCCUCGACUUCCUGUAUAAUCUGCGUUCGCGUUGA